CAUCAUGGGCUUUUUGCCCAUGAUGAUAUCCCGAUCCUCUCCUGCCCCGCCGUUCAUUCACGACCGGAUUUACCAAUGUAGUGAAGGAGACGUUAAAGAGCCCAUCGCCAGGGCCAUGGUCUGCAUCAAUGCGCACAUCGGUGCCAUGCCUAGUGGUCGUAAUUUCGUAAAUGAGAUGGUUCACCAUGAACGCGACGGGAUCCUUGAGUCAUUUAUUCUUGCACUCUUUGGCGAUUCGAAGGGACAAAUUCGAAGUGGGGAGCUGCAUUUACCAUAUUUGCUCAAGAUGGUUCGCAAAGUUGCGCAAAGAUAUCAACAAGACCUCGUAAACCCCUCAGCCGACUCUGCAUCCUAUAAUUGGAAGCGUUGGAUCUUUGUCGAAACGCUUCGCCGCACUGUGUUCCUCGUUCACGCCAUGAAUGUUCUGUCCGCCCGUUUGAAAAGACAAAACCCAUUCUUCCAUGAGGCACUAGAUGAUGACCUCAUUCUUGACAUGCCCUUGCCAGCUCCCGCUUCCAGGUGA